GGGAUAAAUUUGAAAUGAAGAAUUUACAGAAAAUGUUAAAGUCUGGGCUUCCACCAUUGACGCCGGAGGAUUCCUUUUCCUCUACCCAGACCCUGGCUCUGAUUUAGUUGACUCCAGCCUCACAAUUUCUUCGCCAAUUCCUCCCCAGAUCUCCCCAUGGACGACGAAGACAAGGCCGCGUUGUCGCGGAAACUCAUCCAUCUGGUAGCCGAUAUCUCAGCGAUUCCCGACUACAGAACCUCCGUCAAGAGGCAGUACACCAAUCUAGCUCGCCGCCUCAAGCUGUUGAUCCCAAUGUUCGAAGAGAUUCGCGAUACCAGAGAGCCGCUGCCCGAGGACUCCAUCAGAGCGCUGGCAGCUCUCGUCACCGCGCUCGCCUCGGCUAAGGAAUUGCUCCGCUUCGGUAGCCACGGCAGCAAAAUUUAUCUGGUCUUAGAGAGGGAUAAAAUUAUGAAUAGAUUUCAAGAAGUGACAGCUGAGUUGGAGCAAGCUUUGAGUGGCAUUUCUUUUGAGAAACUUGACAUAUCUGAUGAAGUGAAGGAGCAGGUUGAGCUUGUUCUUGCUCAGUUCAGAAGAGCCAAGGGAAGGGUAGAUGCACCAGAUGUUGAGCUGUAUGAGGAUCUUAUGUGUAUUUACAACAAGAACAAUGAUGCUGAAGAAGAUAUAGAUGUAUUAAGGAGAUUGGUUGACAGACUACAGCUUAGUGGUAUUGCAGACUUAACUCAAGAAUCACUAGCUUUGCAUGAGAUGGUUGGAGCCACUGGUGGAGACCCAGAGGAGAGCAUAGAGAAGAUGUCAAUGCUUUUAAAGAAAGUUAAGGAAUUUGUGCAGACAACAAAUCCAAAUCUUGAUUCCACUGCAGCUGAGAAUUCUUCCCUGAAAAGUAGUGGUGGAAAAGCACAGACUGAAGCAAAUCAGAUGAACUUUGUUAUACCAGAUGACUUUCGAUGUCCUAUCUCCUUAGAGCUGAUGAUGGAUCCUGUCAUUGUCUCAACAGGACAGACAUAUGAAAGGUCAUGUAUCGAGAAAUGGCUGGAAGCAGGACAUAGUACCUGUCCUAAGACACAACAAGCUCUUACUAGCAAUGCUGUAACACCUAAUUACGUUCUCAGAAGUCUCAUAGCACAAUGGUGCGAGGCAAACGGCAUCGAACCACCCAAGCCACCGGGCAGCUCUUACCCCAAGCCUGGAUCUGCAUGCUCCCCCGCGGAGCGUUCUAAGAUAGGAGACCUUCUCUGUAAGCUUACAUCUGGCAUCCCUGAUGAUCAGCGGUCUGCAGCAGGUGAAAUCCGCCUCCUUGCAAAGCGUAAUGCUGACAACCGUGUGGCUAUUGCUGAAGCUGGCGCCAUCCCUCUGCUUGUCCAGCUUUUGACGACUUCUGAUUCCCGCACACAGGAGCAUGCUGUUACUGCACUUCUCAACCUUUCCAUAUUCGAAGAUAACAAAGGAAGCAUAAUAUCUUCUGGCGCGGUGCCUAGGAUAGUUCACGUGCUCAAGAAAGGGAGCAUGGAAGCACGGGAAAAUGCUGCCGCCACACUGUUUAGCCUCUCGGUAAUAGACGAAAACAAGGUAACUAUCGGUGCUUCAGGGGCCAUUCCACCAUUGGUGACACUACUUAGCGAAGGCACCCAGCGGGGAAAGAAAGAUGCCGCAACAGCACUCUUCAACUUGUGCAUUUACCAAGGCAACAAGGGUAAGGCUGUGAGGGCGCGCGUCAUUCCCACACUGAUGCAACUGCUGACCGAGCCUCAAGGCACCAUGGUUGACGAAGCGCUCGCGAUUCUGGCGAUUUUGUCCAGCCACCCAGAAGGAAAGGCAGCAAUUGGAGCUGCUGAAGCAGUACCGGUUUUGGUGGAUGUCAUCGGCAACGGCUCACCCAGGAAUAAAGAAAAUGCGGCCGCCGUGCUGGUGCACCUCUGCUCUGGAGAGCAGCAAUACCUUGGCAAGGCGCAGGAACUCGGCGUGAUGGGGCCGCUGCUCGAUUUGGUUCAGCAUGGCACGGAUAGAGGUAAGCGGAAAGCCACCCAGCUGCUGGAGCGGAUUAACAGAUUUGUGGAGACACAGAAGGCGGCACGGGCAGCGCAGGCGGAGAAUCAAACACAGAAUCAGGCUUAAAAUAGGUGGUGAUUCUUGUUUUUGGAGUUAUAGCUUGGUCAGAAGGGCAAGGUGGAAGAUCAUCUGCCCCAUCCUAAUUAAAGUAAUUUAUUGGAUUAAAUUAGAGAGUGAAAGUGGCCAAGCUAUGAUAUUGUGAAUGCCAAUUGAACCAUGUAUGUAAUCACCCCCAGUUUUUAUUUGACAAACAUUGCUAUCUUCAUACUUUUCCCAACUCAA